AUGGUGACCCCUACCGACUCGUCUGACACCCUAAUCACACUUCCACCCCCCACCCACAUCUCACAGUCGACCCCCAAUUCCACGAUCAUACCCAUGGAGCUAGACCUACUAUCACCCACCGAGUCCCCACCACCCGUGGUCCCGAAACUGCUCCGUGAAGCUAGUGACAUCACAUGGCUGGAAUCCCUGGAAUCAAAAAAAGGCCAGGUGGAAUUAGUCCGACGACGCGGCCGGUACCGUCUACUGCACCAGCAGCAAUUCAAAAACAGCUUGCUCGCCGGUGUCGGGUACCUCGAGCUAGCGAACGCGGGCGACUUCGCUGCCAAUGUCUGGAAUGAGGUCCCCGUUCCGAAGUUCGCCGCCGUGCUCAUGGGAAUUGGGGGUACAUUGGCCUUAGGAAUGGUAUUGGUUGUUAUACAUGAUUUCCGACUGAGCUGGAUAAAUGUCAAGCUGUUGCGAGCGGAGCGGGAUCACCUGAAGCGUUUGCGCCAAUACCACGACAAGAACGCAGAGAUGACUCGACUCAUUGACAGCCGGCUUGGGGUUGGAGUGCGAGAAAUUGGCACCGAAGUGAUCGAUCGGAUCGUGAUGGAUGUUUUGAUGGGACUCAGUUCGCUGUUGGUCGGCGUUGGGACUUUGAUGGCCAUUGGCGGCGCCAAUCCCCACGUCUAUAAGGCCAGUAAUCUGCUCUCUGGGUAUAUUGGUAAUAGCCUAGCUGCGAUAUUUGGCCUUUUCAAUGCCAUCUGGUCUGGGUAUCUCUUUUAUCGAUUCCAUGUGCACGACGCUGCUGUUUUUGCACGCGAGCCCAGUGAUGAUAUCCGUCGCCGUUUGCAUACUCGAGUCCGUCGCUUUCAAUGGCACGCUGGCGUGAAUGGGCUAAAUGGUCUUGUUGCGGGCGCUGCUUCGAUGGUCACUGCCGAGCGAUGGUGGGGAUAUGUUGUGCUGAUUCCGUGUAUUGUUUCUCUGGUCAUGUGCAACUAUUUCUGGCGACGAAAGCUGGGCUAUGAUCGUCCACUCCUUGGGCACAAAUCACCAACAGAAAUACAGGUGACUCCGCUCAUUGAAGAUCUGCAUUACGUGAUUUUAAUGCAGCGAGUUCUCGCCGAUCCUCAACAUUCGCUUCCGCAGGCCAUUGUUCAAUCUGACUCCUUGGACUCGAUUCUCCAUUUCAUCGUCCGUGAAAAUAUGCUCGACACAUACUGCGAGUCACUUGCCCGCGAUAAAAGUACCCGCCAUCUCCUCACUGCAUUCCCAUCUCUAAGCACAUCUCCUGAUCAAAUCACAAUCUCCCUCGACGCCCUAUUCCGCCUUCCUCCCAGCCACCUAGAUCUCAUUCUGGAGCACGCAAAGACAUUUUUGCGAACGACCGGUGUUCGCGUCUUCACACACCGCGAACGCUACCUCCUCGAGCUUCUGGGUUACGCCGUCUGUCAAGAUCAGCAACGGGACACAACAACCAUACAAACUGACACGAUAGAGCACACUUAA